CCUGCUGCCCCCUCAACUCUCCGCAACGCGCAUCACAAACACAAUGGCCGACAGACAGACAACCUACUCCAUUAGCCUCUUCGGCAGCCAGGCAGACGACGAGCGCCAGGAUGCGACGGCCCCUGCGCGCAUCCAGCAAGCGCUGGUGGACUUCGUCAUGGACUUCCACCUCGACAAUGUCUUCAUCUACAGAGAUCAGAUUCGCGAGAACGUGCUUGUGAAGCAGUACUACUGCGACAUUGACAUCGCGCACCUCAUCUCCUACGACGAGGAGCUGGCGCACAAGCUCACACAAGAUCCCGCCGAACUCAUUCCUCUGUUCGAAGCGGCUCUGAAAACAUGCACACAGCGCAUCGUCUACCCCUCCCAGAGAAACAUCAAGCUCCCCGAGCACCAGAAGCUCCCCGAGCACCAGCUGCUCCUCCACUCCUCCGCCUCCGAGCUCUCCAUACGCGACCUAACCGCCGCACAUGUCUCGCGCCUCGUUCGCAUACCCGGCAUCGUCAUUGGCGCCUCCACUCUCUCCUCAAAAUCCACUGCGCUCGCCAUCCGCUGCCGAAAUUGCCAGCAUGAAGAGGUCCUACCAGUCUCGGGCGGCUUUUCCGGCGUCUCACUCCCAAGAACCUGUGGAAGAACGCGUGCAGAAGGCGAUAACGCGGACAAAUGUCCGCUUGAUCCGUACUAUGUCAUGCACGAGCACUGCCAGUUCAUUGACCAGCAAGUGCUCAAGCUGCAAGAGGCCCCGGAUCAGGUGCCAGUCGGUGAACUCCCGCGCCACAUGAUGAUCUCGGCAGACCGAUAUCUGGCCAACCGCGUAGUGCCGGGUACUCGGUGCAGUGUCAUGGGUGUCUACUCCAUCUACCAACAGAAGGGCUCGAAGCGGUCACAGAAUGCCGCGGUCGCGAUCCGGAACCCGUACAUUCGCGCUGUCGGUAUUCAUGCAGAUGUGGACCAUACAGCCAAGGGCAACGCGGUGUUCACCGAAGAGGAAGAGCAGGAGUUUCUUGAGAUGAGCCGGAGACCGGAUAUUUACGAGGUCUUCGCCAACUGCAUCGCUCCAUCAAUUUACGGAAACAAGGAUAUCAAGAAAGCGAUCGCAUGUCUGCUGAUGGGCGGCUCCAAGAAGAUUCUGCCCGAUGGCAUGAAACUGCGUGGCGACAUCAACGUGCUUCUCCUAGGUGACCCCGGUACUGCAAAGUCACAGCUCCUAAAGUUCGUCGAAAAGGUCUCCCCAAUUUCCGUGUACACCUCUGGCAAAGGUUCGUCAGCUGCCGGUCUCACAGCCUCCGUCCAGCGCGACCACAACACGCGAGAAUUCUACCUCGAGGGUGGAGCCAUGGUGCUAGCAGAUGGUGGUGUUGUCUGUAUCGAUGAGUUCGACAAGAUGCGCGACGAGGAUCGUGUCGCUAUCCACGAGGCAAUGGAACAGCAAACUAUUUCCAUUGCGAAAGCCGGUAUCACCACCAUUCUCAACUCUCGAACUUCGGUCCUCGCGGCCGCCAACCCCAUCUUUGGAAGGUACGACGAUAUGAAGACGCCGGGCGAGAACAUCGACUUCCAGACCACGAUCUUGUCCCGUUUCGACAUGAUAUUCAUCGUGCGAGACGAGCACGAGCGCGGCCGCGAUGAGCGGAUAGCCAAGCACGUCAUGGGUAUCGCGAUGGGCGGACGCGGAGUCGAAGAGACUGUGCAAGCCGAGAUCCCGAUCGAGAAAAUGAAGCGCUACAUCACUUACUGCCGGUCGAGGUGUGCACCACGUCUCUCUCCCGAGGCUGCUGAAAAACUAAGCUCGCACUUUGUGAGCAUUCGAAGGCAGGUCCACGCCUCGGAGAUGAACGCGAACCAGCGCUCUUCCAUCCCCAUUACGGUCCGACAGCUCGAAGCCAUCAUCCGUAUCACCGAGUCUCUGGCGAAACUCUCGCUCUCCCCGGUCGCCGAUGAGUCGCAUGUCGACGAGGCGAUCCGCCUGUUCCUGGCUUCCACAAUGGAUGCUGUGAACCACGGCGAAGGCCAAGGCUCGAAGGAGCUCAUGGACGAAGUCAACAAAGUCGAGGAGGAACUGCGGCGCCGCAUGCCCAUCGGCUGGCAGGUCAACCUAUCGACGCUCAAGCGCGAAAUGGUGGAUGGAAAGGGAUAUUCGGAGCAGGCACUGGGACGAGCGCUGCAUAUCAUGGCAGCGAGAGAGACGAUACGUUGGCGGCAUGGUGGAAGUGUCGUGUUCAGGAGUAGCGCAUAGAGUGAUCCUUCUCGACUGUGUCUACUACAGGGAGCAUCGAGGGGUUGGCGUUGGAGGCUUGUUUUGGAUAUGACUGCUGGAUGAGAGAGCAUAACGGGUUGAUGAGCUGGCAUUACAUUGGUCUGGUAUGGCACGCUGGCGUCACUGUGGAAUUACAUGUAACGCUUUUGCUUAAGACGUCAAUACACUGUUUUCUAAUGCGC